CUUCCGUUAACGCCCGAGCGGCGCCGGAAGCAGCGGGAGCGGGGCUGCGGAGUGGGACGCGGCGGAGGUAAUGGGUCUUCAGAGGCAAAGUCUCUAAGACUAACAGAAAAUGGCAUAUCGGAGAGAUGAAAUGUGGUCUGAAGGACGAUAUGACUAUGAAAGACUUCCAAGAGAACGCCUUCCUCCAAGGUUUCAUCCUGAUGAUGAGUACCAUAGAAUUGUAAACAUCAUGCCCAAGAAACCGCCACUUCUUGAUAGACCUGGAGAAGGGAGUUACAGUCGCUAUGAUGAUUACAGCCACGCUGAGUACAGAGACUAUGAGGAGGGUCGUGGUUUUGCCCAUGAGCGAAGAAGUGGCCCACCACAUCGAGGUGUACAUAAGGAUGAGUCAGGAUACAGAUGGCCAAGAGAUGAUCAUCCUAUGAAUCGUCAGACUCAAUACAGGAAGGUCAGAGAUGGCUUCAGGAGAAAAAGCUUCCAUCCCUCUCAUUAUAUGAGAGAGCGAUCCCCUCAUAAGAGAGACUCUCCUUUCUUCAGGGAAUCACCAGUGAGCCGAAGGGAUUCUCCGCACAGCAGAUCUGGCUCUAGUGUGAGCAGCAGAAGCUACUCUCCUGAAAGAAGCAAAGCCUAUCCUUUCCACCAGUCCCAGCAUAGCAGAAGUAUGUCAUCUUUACAUAAAAGAAAUAUUUCUUCUCAGCAAGGUAAAGAGAGGACUUCAGUUCAGUCGUCGAAAACAUCAAGAGAUGCAUCACCAUCGGGCUCCACAGCACUACCCACAUCAAAGGCUAUGGAGAAGAGCAACAGACUGUCAGAAAAGGAACUCGCAGAAGCUGCAAGCAAAUGGGCAGCUGAGAAGUUAGAAAAGGAUGAAAACAAUUUAUUGGAAAGAACAGAGUAUGAGGCUGGUUCUUCAGCUCCAUUAUAUGUCGAACAAACAGAGGAAACAGAAACAAAUGUAACUGACAGUACAGAAUUAUAUGAAGAUAACCAGCAUCUUUGCCGCUCAAAAGCAAUUGCAACUAAAACCAAGGAGAUAGAGCAGGUGUACAGACAAGACUGUGAAACCUUUGGCAUGGUGGUGAAGAUGCUGAUCGAUAAGGAUCCGUCGUUAGAGAAGUCCAUUCAGUUUGCUCUGAGGCAGAAUUUGCAUGAAAUAGGUGAGCGAUGCAUUGAGGAACUCAAACAUUUCAUUGCUCAGUACGAUGCUGCCAACCAAGAUAUGUCAGAAUCCUUCAAAGAUGGCUCAUACUAACACAAAAAUACAGUUAGAACUCUGCAUACAGUACGUGCACUGCAAUGCAUACAUCUGUUUCUUGUGAGGAAAGGGGAGUUUGUGUUGAAGAUUGGAAGCCAAGGCCUGUGCUACUUCAUAGCUCAGAUGGCUGUACCUUGCUCAUUGCAGUUUCCACAGUUCUAUUCUUUCUACCUGUACUUGUUAUUCCUUUGAAAAAGAUGGUUUUUUUCUUCAAAAAUUCUGUAAAGUGACAAGCUAUGCAGUUACCUGGCAAAACACAUUCAGUCUGAUGUUUGUGCACUUGCAUUUUGAUGUUUGUAAGCAUAACCAGAAACACCAUGUUUUUUAUUAAAACAAGAAUGUUCUUCCUUCCUUA